GAGUGUGAGGAAGAGGCUCUCUGGGUCAUUAUGUGUGCCUCGGUCAAGUACAACAUCCGGGGUCCUGCCCUCAUCCCGAGAAUGAAGACCAAGCACCGCAUCUACUACAUCACCCUCUUCUCCAUCGUCCUGUUGGGCCUCAUCGCCACGGGCAUGUUUCAGUUCUGGCCGCACUCCAUCGAGUCUUCGAGCGACUGGAGCGUGCAGAAGCGCAGCAUCCGCGACGUGCCAGUGGUCAGGCUGCCAGCCGACAGCCCCGUCCCCGAGCGUGGCGACCUCAGCUGCAGAAUGCACACAUGUUUCGACGUCUACCGCUGUGGCUUCAACCCCAAGAACAAGAUCAAGGUGUACAUUUACUCUCUGAAAAAGUAUGUGGAUGAUGCGGGUGUCCCAGUGAGCAGCACCAUCUCCCAGGAGUACAACGAGCUGCUCACGGCCGUCUCAGACAGCGACUACUACACCGAGGACAUCGCCCGGGCCUGCCUGUUCAUCCCGUCCAUCGACCUGCUCAACCAGAACGCGCUCCGCGUGAAGGAGACGGCGCAGGCGCUGGCCCAGCUCUCCAGGUGGGAUCGAGGAACCAAUCACCUCCUGUUCAACAUGUUGCCUGGAGGUCCCCCAGAUUAUAACACGGCCCUGGAUGUCCCCAGAGACAGGGCUCUGUUGGCUGGUGGUGGCUUUUCUACAUGGACUUACCGGCAAGGCUACGAUGUCAGCAUUCCUGUCUAUAGUCCGCUGUCAGCCGAGGUGGACCUUCCAGAGAAAGGACCAGGGCCACGGCGGUACUUCCUCCUGUCGUCCCAGAUGGCUCUGCAUCCCGAGUACAGAGAGGAGCUGGCCGCCCUCCAGGCCAGACACGGAGAAGCGGCCUUAGUCCUGGACAAGUGCACCAACCUCUCCGAGGGCAUCCCCGCCGCCCGAAAGCGCUGCCACAAGCACCAGGUCUUCGAUUACCCACAGGUGCUGCAGGAGGCUACUUUUUGUGUGGUCCUUCGAGGAGCUCGGCUGGGCCAGGCGGUGUUGAGUGACGUGUUGCGGGCCGGCUGUAUCCCAGUUAUCAUUGCAGACUCCUACAUUUUGCCUUUCUCUGAAGUUCUUGACUGGAAGAGAGCAUCGGUGGCUGUGCCAGAAGAAAAGAUGUCAGAUGUGUACAGUAUUCUGCAGAGCAUCCCCCAAAGACAGAUUGAAGAAAUGCAGAGACAGGCACGGUGGUUCUGGGAAGCGUACUUCCAGUCAAUCAAAGCCAUUGCCCUGGCCACCCUGCAGAUCAUCAAUGACCGGAUCUAUCCAUAUGCUGCCAUCUCCUAUGAAGACUGGAAUGACCCUCCCUCCGUGAAGUGGGGCAGUGUGAGCAACCCGCUCCUCCUGCCACUGAUCCCGCCACAGUCUCAAGGUUUCACGGCCAUCGUCCUCACCUAUGACCGAGUGGAGAGCCUCUUCCGGGUCAUCACUGAAGUGUCCAAGGUGCCCAGUUUAUCCAAGCUGCUGGUCGUCUGGAAUAAUCAGAAUAAGAACCCCCCAGAAGAUUCUCUGUGGCCCAAAAUCCGGGUUCCAUUAAAAGUUGUAAGAACUGCUGAAAACAAGUUGAGUAACCGUUUCUUCCCUUACGAUGAAAUCGAGACGGAGGCCGUUCUGGCUAUUGACGACGAUAUCAUUAUGCUGACCUCUGAUGAGCUGCAGUUCGGUUAUGAGGUCUGGAGAGAAUUUCCUGACCGGUUGGUGGGUUACCCGGGUCGCCUGCAUCUCUGGGACCAUGAGAUGAGUAAGUGGAAGUAUGAGUCUGAGUGGACCAAUGAGGUGUCCAUGGUGCUCACGGGGGCAGCUUUUUAUCACAAGUAUUUUAAUUACCUGUAUACCUACAAGAUGCCUGGGGACAUCAAGAACUGGGUGGAUGCUCAUAUGAACUGUGAAGAUAUUGCCAUGAAUUUCCUGGUGGCUAACGUCACGGGGAAAGCUGUUAUCAAGGUAACACCACGAAAGAAAUUCAAGUGUCCUGAGUGCACGGCCAUCGAUGGGCUUUCGCUAGACCAGACACACAUGGUGGAGAGGUCUGAGUGCAUCAACAAGUUUGCUUCUGUCUUUGGGACAAUGCCUCUUAAGGUGGUGGAGCACCGAGCCGACCCUGUCCUGUACAAGGACGACUUUCCUGAGAAACUGAAGAGCUUCCCCAACAUCGGCAGCUUAUGA